AUACCAUGUUUUCACCCUAAAAUUUUCCAUAUGUAGAUGCAAAGCACAAAGAGUCUCUAAAAGAAAAUGGUUUAAAGGGUGUUUCCAAUAAUCCCUCUCAAGUGAACCAGUUGAAGAAGGGAGUGGCAUACACAUGGCCAGUCCAUACGGUUACCUAAACAGCUGGAAUUUGUGUCAAAGUUUGCACAAUAAACUUUGUGAUUCCCAAUAGUCCUAUCUUUGGAAUUGAAAAAAAUUCUGUUAUCUUUCACAUAGUUUUUUUAUGUAUUGAUCCAAAAUAUUCAAUCUCCAAGAUAGAAAGAGAGUGAAAGGGUUCUAUUUUAAUAGGACACUCCAUGUUAGAGCAAGUUGAGUGGCUAUGGACAAAGUAGAAAAAAUGAUCAUCACAUUCCACAUGAAAGUUUUGGUUUUUUUUCUUUGGCUUUUUGCAUCUUCAUUAGGUAAAAACCUCUUAACAUGUGAAACAUCACCACAUGCUUCUAGCUUUUACCAUUGCAAUGAAAAUGUGUCCCAAAAUCAUUGUGAAACAUUUGCACUAUUUUUCACAAACUCUCACUACUCAUCACUUUCAAACCUUACCUUAUACUUAGGACUCAACAAAUUUGUCAUAGCAAAAACCAAUGGUUUUUCGGAAGAAACUGAGCUCUUUCCAUUGAAUCACCCUCUUCUGAUACCAAUUGAUUGCAAAUGCACAAGUGGUUUUUUUCAAGGUGAAUUGAUCAAAACUACCAUCAAAGGUGAGAGCUUUUAUGAAAUUUCUCAAUCAUUAGAAGGCUUAACAUCUUGCAAAGCUAUUAAAGACAACAACUUUGGUGUUUUGUCACCUUGGAACCUUGAUGGUAAUCUCAAAUUGGUUAUUCCAUUGAAAUGUGCUUGCCCUUUUGCUUCUUCUCCUUUUGUUACACCAAAACCAAAAUACUUUCUGUCUUAUCCUAUAAUUGAAGGUGACACAAUUUCAAAUUUGGCCUUAAAGUUCAAUAUUACAAAAGAAGCUAUAGUUUCUUCAAAUAACUUAUCAUCAUCAAAAGUAUUAGAACCUUUUACAACUAUUCUAAUUCCAUUGAAUAAUAACAACCCUUUCCUUGAUUUUCAAGCUAAACCAAAACAACCCAAUUCAUAUUUUCCAACCAACAACAUCACAAUUACAAAAAGUCAACACAAGAAGUCAAAAAUGAGAACGAGUGAAUUUUAUAUUGGUCUAAUUGGUGUUGCAAUCGGAGCUUUCUUUGCUUUAGUAGUAACCUUUUUGUACAUGAGGCUGUUGAAGCAAAAGAAAGUGGAAGAAAAUUCAUGCAAAGAAAGAAAUAUGGAGCUACAACAUCUAAAUCAAAGUGUGAGAACCACAAGUGAUAAGAAAGCUUCAUUUGAAGGGUCACAAGAUACUCUUGAUGGUAAAAUCAAUGAUUCAAAACCACAUAAGGUUUUGCUGGAGACAUAUACUAUUGAAGAUUUGAGAAAAGUAACUGAAGAUUUCAGUUCAAAUUUUCAUAUUGAAGGGUCAGUUUUUCAUGGUUGUUUAAAUGGGAAGAACAUAGCAAUCAAAAAAAUGAAAAAUGAGAUUUUGUCAAAAUUUGAUCUUGAAUUUUUCCAUGAUGCAAUUCAAGAUCAUCCAAACAUAAUUAAGCUUCUUGGUACAUGUAUUUCAAAAGGGUCAUCAUCAGAUUCAUUUUUGGUUUUCGAGUAUGCGAAAAACGGUUCUUUGAAAGAUUGGCUUCAUGGUGGCUUGGCCAUCAAGAACCAAUUCAUUUCUUCAUGCUAUUGUUUCUUGAAUUGGAACCAAAGGCUUAAAAUUUGUCUUGAUGUUGCAAGUGCAUUGGAUUACAUGCACCAUGUUAUGAAUCCAAGUUAUGUUCAUUUCAAUGUGAAGAGUAGAAACAUUUUUUUGGAUGAAGAAUUUGGUGCUAAGAUAGGUAAAUUUGGUAUGUCAAAUUGUGUUGAGAAUGAAACUAAGGAUCCUAAAUUUUAUUCAACUAAUCGUUCUUCAUGGAGUCUUGGUUAUUUAGCACCUGAAUUUGUUCACCAAGGUAUAGUUUCAACAAACAUUGAUAUAUAUGCUUAUGGUGUUGUUUUAUUAGAAGUUUUGUUUGGUCAAACACCUAUAAGUGUUUCAUCAAGUGAUAAUAAAGGGGAAGGAAGUGUUUGGCUUAGUGACAAAAUAAAAGUUAUUUUGAGGUCAGAAAAUGUGAAUGAAUUAAGGGAGUGGAUAGAUAGUGCAUUAGGGGAGAAUUACUCAAUUGAUGAAGCUUUGAUAGUGGCUAAUAUUGCAAAAGAUUGUGUUGAGGAAGAUUCUAGUUUGAGGCCUAGUGCAAGGGAGAUUGUUGAGAAGCUAUCAAGAUUAGUGGAGGAAUUGCCAAAUGAGGAAUGUCAAAUUUUGAUGAGCGAAAACUCUUGCAAACCUCUGGUGGAGGCACUAGGAAGUAAUAUGUCAAUAACCCAUUAGUGUCGUUUGUUUUCCUAUCUAAGUGCGGUGUUCACAGAGGCGACAUACUUGUUAUGUCGGUACCAUACUUUAAGUAAGGGGUUUACGGGUUAUCACCAACAACGUUGUCUUAGCCUUACACAUGAUUUGUCAACACGUGGUUGUAUUGGUCAUGUCAUAGACUGCCUAUAGUUGAUAUAAGCGAACAUCAAUAAAUUUAUUUUUCUUUUCUGAAGAUGGAUUGAAUUCAUGAUCGUAGAUCUUGCAUUAUUCUUGAUCAUUGGCCUUACGUGGAAAAAAUUUAGUUUGUUGUCAGGAUUAUGGUUUUUGUUUGA